AUGGGUACAGUGCAAAUCAAAACAAAGAAAAUAAAAAUUGCCACACCCGCGUUCAUUAACGAAUCCAUUUGGUGUUAUAUCAAAUCAAAUCAAAUGUCGCUCAAUCGACCAGCACGACCACUUAAGCUUUGUUUGGUAUGCGACGAUUUCGCGCGUGGAAUGAAUUUCGAUGUACUUACAUGUAUGUCUUGCAAAGCUUUCUUUCGACGACAUGCAGCUCAAGCAGGUAAAGAACUUCGAUGUUUACUUAACAAUGACUGUAGUAUAACACAGCAGACUCGCGGUGCCUGUUCUGCAUGUCGAUUGAAGAAAUGCUUAGCGCUCGGUAUGAAUCCAGCUUUGAUUCGUUCUUCACCUAAAAAAUUAAAGAAUACAACGCAAAGUCAAUUAUGUGAUGCAUCGAUUGAAGACAAACAAAUUGUCAGACUGCCUCAGCCAACAACACUUAGUCUACUCGCCAAAGAUAAUUCAACCUUAACAUUCGAUGAAUGGAAUCUUCUCUCAAAUGUUAUUCAUGCAUAUGACGAAGAAAAUGUGAUUACAGCAGCUCAAAAAUUACUUCGUGAACAAGCAUCAUUACCAGUGAAAAUCCGUGCGAAGAGAAUGAUGGUAUUCGAGUUAAUCGGCACAUUUUUCUCAGCCAUUAAACCAUUUCUUUACUACUCGCCUCACUUCCAUAGUUUAUCACCCGAUGUCCGUCGUGUACUUAUCGAAAACAAUUUAAACGGAAUGGGCGCACUAAAUGCCAUGUUUGGUGCGUAUGAAUUGAAACUAUUCGGCAAUGACUCACAUGUUCGUACUUGUUAUGAAAUCUAUGGUGAAGAAUAUGUUAAAGACAGUGAACUUCUAGCGAACCGAAGCGAACAAAAUGGAACGCUGGUCAAAAUGUUUCUGAUUACCUUAGCAUUUUCGACUAAUUGCUCGCUUGUUGAGGAGUGUCAGAUAACUACUUCUACAAACACAUCGGUAACAAGUUCAAUUGCUCUUACUCGCAUUCAAGAUGUAUUUAUCGUUAUGUUAUGGAAAUACUUAGUUUAUCAAUAUGGAUACCUUGGUGCUGUACGACGUUUAGAUCAUCUAGUCAAAUUUUAUUUAGAUAUUCUUAAUCGAUUAAAUGAACUUAAUAGUAAAGAACACAGAGAUAUGAUUAAUGUGAUUAUCGAUCAAACAACUCAUUCUUUAACGUUGGAUGAUUAA